GCUGCUGCAGCAGUGUGCGCGUUACUACUACGUAGAUCAUGGGUUCUGCAUCUGCUCGUGAGUUCAAGCAUUUGGUGCUGGUGAGGUUCAAGGAUGGCGUUCAAGUGGAAGAGGUGUUGAAAGGAAUGGAGAAGCUUGUUUCGGAAAUGGACACCAUCAACUCCUUCUUCUGGGGUGAGGACAUUGAGAGCCAGGAAAUGCUGAGACAGGGAUUCACGCAUGCUUUCCUCAUGACAUUCAGCUCCAAGGAUGAUUUCUCUUCCUUCCUCGCCCAUCCAAGCCACCUCCAAUUCUCAUCCUCUUUCUCCGCCGCCAUUGACAAGGCUCUCCUCCUCGAUUUCCCUGCUGUCACCGUCAAACCGCCGCCGCCACCACCGCCGGCGGCUUAAUUCCUUCUUACAUUGUUAUCACCGCUACUGCUAUUACAGAGCUGCGCGCAUGUCGCAAUAAUAGCUAUUCUUACACUAGUAUUUAUAUAUACUUAUAUACAUACAGUCGCUUCGCUCUGCUUUUUCCCUUUCCCUUUUGUGUGAUCGAGAACUGUCUGUACGUUUCUGAUUAAUAUAUAUAUGUCAAAAUCUGCUUUAA